UUUAUUGAGAAUAAAAUUGAUGUGCUAGAAAUGAAUUUUGAUAUAGUUUAUAUAUUUUAACAUUUACUAAACAUCAUUUUAAUUUUAGGUUAUUAUCUUUGAUUUUAUUUUUUCCUUGUGUAGAUAUGGUCCCAAUCCAACCACAAUGAACACUGGUAUGAGUGGGUCAAUGCCAACACCAGGCCAUAAUGGAGCUGGAGAUUUUCAAUCUCCUCCAAAUGCUCUUAGUGCUGCAGCUUUAGUAGCUGCUGCUGCUACAGCUACUGCAACUGCUACAGCUAGUGUUGUUGCAUUACAAGAACGGCAACAACAAGAAGUUGCAAUGAAUAGUCAAUACGGACAGAAUAUACAAGGUCAGCAAUUUCCUGUGGGAUAUGGUCCACCAACUUCUCAACGAAUGCCAUCAAGCCCAGGAAUGAACAAUCCCUUAGCUAAUCCUAUGGGAAGCCAUAUGAACUCCAUGACUGGACAGAUGCCUGGCAGUAUGGGUUCUGUGAAUAAUUCUAUGAUGAACAUGCCUAAUUCUAUGACAUCGAUGGGUUCCAUAAAUUCAGCAAUGUCAAUGAAUGGUCCAAUGGGUAUGAAUAGUGCUAUGAACAAGUCUAGUAUGCAGAACAUGCAAGCAAUGACUGGUCCCAGUCAUCCAAAUGUAUAUUCUACAGGGACACCUAGUCCUCAAGGCCGAAGCCGUUCAACUCCUUAUCCAAAUCCACAGAAGAGGCCAAAUCAGUACAAUCUUAUGGUACAACAAUAUGGUGCUGGUGUACAGCCAUAUAAUCCAGCACAGCAAAAUUAUAAUCCUGCUCAGUAUCCAGGUACCCAACCUCCACAAUUCACAAAACAACAACAACAAUAUACAACCAUUCAACAACAACAAAUGACAUCACACUCCUAUCCACCUCAACAACAAAUGCGGCCUUCAAUGAGGUCACAGGCACCUCCUUAUGGUAGUCAACCCACUCAAUAUUAUCAACAAGCACAUUUAAAUGGUGCUCCUCAACAAACACCUUAUGAUCCUCAUUACAGCACACAAUAUAGUCAACAAAAUAUGCAGAGGAAUGUAAAUUAUCAACCAUCACCAAUACCUGGUAAUCCUACACCACCUCUCACUCCUGCUUCCAAUAUACCUCCAUAUUUAUCACCAAAUCCAGACUUGAAGCCUACAUUUCCUGAUGUUAAACCACCACUGCCACCUCAAAAAGACGAUGAAUUAAGGCUUACCUUCCCAGUUAGAGAUGGAAUUAUCCUUGCACCUUUUCGGUUAGAACAUAAUCUAGCUGUAAGCAAUCAUGUCUUCCAUCUAAAGCCAUCUGUUCAUCAAACAUUAAUGUGGAGAACAGAUCUUGAAUUGCAAUUAAAAUGUUUUCACCAUGAGGAUCGUCAAAUGAAUACCAAUUGGCCUGCCUCUGUACAAGUUUCUGUUAAUGCUACACCUUUAAGCAUUGAUCGAGGUGAAAACAAAGCUUCUCAUAGGCCUCUGUAUUUGAAAGAGGUCUGUCAACCAGGUCGAAAUACGAUACAGAUUACAGUAACUGCAUGCUGUUGCUCCCAUUUAUUCCUGUUACAACUUGUUCAUCGACCAACAGUACGAUCUGUUCUCCAAGGAUUAUUAAGAAAACGUCUUUUACCAGCUGAACACUGCAUCACCAAAAUCAAGCGAAACUUUUCUAAUGUUGCUGCAUCAACAAAUAGUUCAAUGGGAAUGGAAGAUGGAGUAGAACAAACUGCCAUUAAAGUAUCUUUAAAAUGUCCCAUUACAUUUAAGAGGAUAACACUGCCAGCUAGAGGACAAGAAUGUAAACAUAUACAGUGUUUUGAUCUUGAAUCUUAUCUCCAACUUAACUGUGAAAGAGGUGCUUGGAGGUGUCCAGUGUGCAAUAAACCAGCACUUUUAGAAGGACUGGAAGUGGACCAAUAUAUUUGGGGUAUAUUGACUAAUCUCAGUAAUUCUGAUAUAGAGGAAGUAACUAUUGAUGCCACUGCUAGUUGGAAACCUGUACCAGUAAAAACUGUAAAAGAAGAGCACGAUGGUGAAUAUCCCUGUAGUGGACCAAAACAGUUCAAGGCUAUGUCACCAAGUAGCAUGACACUUCCUACCACAAGUACCUGGGAAAUGGGACAAGGUUUAUCACCUUAUGCACCAUUACCACCUCCAGAUAUGCAGACAAUAUCAAAUGGCCCAAUGCCUAAUGGUCCUAUGAUGUCCAAUGGAGUAGGUUUUGGUACUCAUGGGACAGCAGGAUUUGACUUUCAAUCCCAAGCAUCUGAUUUCAGUAGUCCACUUUCUCACCUCAAUGAAAGUGUAGCAUCAUUAGAUCCUUUAGCUGCAAUGGAAAAAUCACUUAAUCAUCAUGAACAGCAAAUGGGAACCAUUAAUUUACAUGAUCAAAGCAGUCAGGGUCUUCGUCACCCACCUUCCUCAUCAUCUGGGACCAAUUCAUCCCAGCAAACAUCUGCUAUGCCCACAACAACUCAGGGACAGGUGAUGAUGCAACAUGGACCACAUACACCUCACACUCCUCAUACUCCUCACACACCACAUACACCUGGAAAUUCUGGAGGAGGUCCACCUAGUGUGCCACCUCCAACUUCCCAGCAAUCAAGUGGUACAGAAAACAAUAGCAAUAGUACCACAGUGGUUGCUUCAAGUCAGCCCAAUAGUCAGUCAUCCACAAACAGUGAUUCUUCUCUUCCACAUGCUCCUGAUCUUGGUGAUUUAAAUUUUGAUCCUGCAGCUGUUAUUGAAGGAGAGGGACAAGGACAGGAAGGAUUAAAUCUUUUACCAGAAAAUGUGGUAGAUCCAAUGGAGUUGUUAUCAUAUCUGGAACCUCCUGAUUUAGGCAGCACAGGAUCAAACACAGGCACCACUUCCACAAACACAACUUCCGUAAGCAACAGUGCAACACCUGCCACAUCCAAUAGUACUAGUGAUGAUCUUUUAGCACUUUUUGAAUCUUAAAAGAUAUCAUAUUGGAUGUUUGGUAGCUUUGUGAUGGUUUCUGCCUUUUAGUGUUUAUUAACUGACUUUUAUACCAAAGCACAUCAAAUCAUCGAAUAUCUUCGACUUGGCCAGUUUGUCGUGUUUUUACUCGGCAACAAUUGUACCUAGAAACUGUACAGUUCUGCACUCAUUUAAACGUGAUAAGUUCACACCAUGUACAGAUAUCGAGCCCUGUUACAAUUCUUGUCUUCAUAACUUGAAAAUAAAAUGUUCAGCAAAAGGCUGUACAUAGAACAAGGAUAAUAAUAGUUGUGAUAGGUAUAUUUAUUGCAUGCACAUUUAUUCCAUCCAUAGUAAUUUUCUGAUGGAAACUGUUGUGUUGAUUGCACCAUUGUAAUAAGAAAAUCCAUUCUCCUAAACAGAAGUCCUACAAAAUUAUGUUGAAAACCUAAGAGUACCUCAAGCUCUGAUAUCAACAUAUACAAAUUGUUAAGAUUAUCUUCAGAGCUACAAAGCCAAAGCCUUAGAGCAUAUACAACGGUUGGAAAAUCUCAUUGCACAAGUCAUCUUUGUCAGACUCCGAAGAUUUCUUGACUGAUCUCGUUAUGCAAAGGAAGAAAUUUACAUCAAUGUAUAGUUCAAAUGUUACUCUCUUUUAAGAACUUGCA